AUGGACAAUAUCGAAGUUCCUGAGUACUUCAUCUGCCCCAUCUCUCUCCAAAUCAUGAAAGACCCUGUGACUGCUAUAACAGGCAUCACAUACGAUCGAGGGAGCAUUGAACACUGGUUAUUCAAAUUCGAAUGCGACAACAUGAUAUGUCCUGUGGCUAAACAGGCCUUGUCUAAAGACUCAGACUUGACGCCGAACCACACUCUCCGGCGACUCAUCCAAGCAUGGUGCAUCACCAAUGCAUCAAUGGGUAUUGAUCGAAUCCCGACUCCGAAACCUCCUCUUAGCAAGUUUCAUGUCCUCAACCUCGUGAAAGGGCUUUGGGUCCCAAAAUUACAGCUGAAAACGCUGGAAAAAUUGGAAGUCCUAGCAAUGGAGAACGAAAGGAACAUGAAAUACAUGGUUGAUGCUGGUGUAGUUAAGGCAAUGGUGACUUUUAUCAUAGCAUCUUACAAGAAAAAAGAAACAACUGGUCUUGAAGAAGCUCUGAGUAUUCUCCAUCUUUUCCGAUCGGCGGAGAUGAAGAUUGUUCAAGAUGAAAUUACAAUCACCGGAAAAGCUGACUCCGGUGUAUUGGAGAGACUGAAAGUCGAAUUCUUUCAGAGAAUUAUACAAGUUCUAAGAGAAGGUAUUUCUCAACAAGGAAUAAAAGCUGCUUUGCAGAACCACCGAGCUCAUCUUGGGAGUAUUGUUCCAUCUCUGUUCAUGCGCCGACGGGAGAGCUCAGCUUCUGAGUCAGCCGGCGGUAUAGCUGUGAUCACGAAGAGAAUUCUGAAUCUUUCUCCGGCAGCCGAUGAUCGA